AGGAUGAGGGAGGCAACAGAUCUUUGGAGGCAGAUAAAGUGGCAUGUGUAUACACAAGUAGUAAUUCAAACAGAAGAUGUUGGCUUGAUAAGGGAAUUAAGGAAAAGGGUGCAACUCAAAUAAACCAAAACUGAUGUAUCAACCAUGAUGGGCCAGUCUCGCUCGCACUCUCACUCGCUGUCACUGCCAGAAAAUGCAACGGAGCUCAAGAAAUCACUGCUGAAACCCAUCAUUUGACUUUUUUUUUCAUCAUCUUUCAAACAGAAGAUUUUCCGUUUAGGUUGCUGCUGCUGGAGCACAUGCAAGAGAACAGACUUUUGAAUCAAAACAUUAAGCACAGCUCAUGACUUCAGGCUUGAUGGAUAAAACCUAAGUGGAUUUUGUGUUCGCUGUGAGAACGCGGAUGUUUUUGAAGGAUUGUGAUUUGGUUGUGUGAGUUAUGUGUUUCUGUGGUUAAAGAGCGAGGCUGAGCAUCCAGAGAACGUCGGAUUCAGAGAGCUGUUGGCCGCACUGCGAGACCAUUGGUUAGGAAGGGAAUGUAAGAAGGCGAAGAACCAUACUGUUCAUCUGCUGCUUAUUUGGAGCCAUUUGUCAACACUGAAAAAUCAUCUGACCUGUUAGCUUAAUGCUAUGGAAUAACAGCUGGACAUUUUCAUCAUUCUGAAAUACCAAUGAAGGAUCUGGACCUUAACAAGGACAAUCUGCCAAGCUGGGAUUUUGACCAGUCCAGCGUUUUGUUCCCAAAACCUGCAACGUGUCUCUGUCUCAACACUUUGGACUUCUCAGACCUCCGUGACGAGGAAGAUCUGGAAGUAGAGAGUAACUCAGAAAAGGGAACCAAUUCCAUCAAUGAUACAUCAACUUGUCCUCAAGCUCCUCCGGUCCCUCCUCCUCUUCCUCCCAUGGCACCACCCUUACCCUCUGCCUCCCCUAAGGAGAAAUCUACUAAAUGUCUAACCUUAAAGCUCCACUGGAGGGAACUGCAUAGUUUGCCUCCUCUUCCCAGAAUGACUCGCUUCGGGAAUCAGACUAUCUGGGCAGCACUUGAGCCAGUCCAUGUGGAUACAAACCAACUGAAAUACCUCUUUGAUUCGAAGAGCAAGAGUGGUACCUUUAGUACAGUUUGUUGGCGAAGGCAGAAGCAGCCGUUGCUGUCGGUGUUGGGGAUGAAGCGGAGUAACAUUAUAACCAUCGCCCUGACCAGCCUGCCGGCUCCUCGCCUCCUCCCCCCUGCUAUCUACAGUAUGGACACAAGCGUGCUGGACAGAGAGGAUGUCCAGCGACUUCAAACACUGGUCCCCAACCGAAGAGGAACUUCAUCUCAUCCAAGAUGGCCAAGGUCCAGAACCCCCACUCCCCUCUGGCUGCAGCUGAGCUGUGUCUCCUCACAUUGGGUGACAUCCCUCACCUGGUCUCCAGGCUUCAGCUGUGGACCUUUGCUCUGGACUAUGACACUUUAGAGCGAGAAAUCGCGGAGCCUCUUUUCCAUCUGAAGUUGGCUAUGGAACAACUAGCCGCCAGUCAGACAUUCAGAUGGAUUCUGGCUACGGUGCUCGCUAUCGGCAACUUUCUCAAUGGUUGUAAGGCCCGCGGGUUUGAGCUGACAUACCUUGGCACGCUGUCGCAGGUGAGGGACACGCAUUCCCAUAAGCCCUUGCUGCAUCACGUCUGUGUCCUACUGCUGCAGCUCUACCCACAAUCCUCUGACCUGCACUCUGACAUCACUGCUGUUACCAAAGCUGGGAAGUGCGAUUACGCUUUAGUCCAGUCCAACCUCACUCAGCUAGAGGCCCAGUGCAAAGCAUCAUGGGAGCAACUCAAGCUGCUGGAGAAAUCUGACAAGAAGAAAGGAGGGAAGGAAGAGAGGAGAGGAGCGGGCGACGAGGAGGUGCUGAUGAGCGCAGAGGGUUCACUCCGACUCCGGCUGCCCAAGUUUCUGAAAGAGUGUGAGGAAAGGCUGAAGGUCCUGAGAGCCGUCCAUCGCCGCGUUAUGAACAGGUAUCACUCUUUCCUGUUGUUCCUUGGCUAUUCCCGAGCCAUGGUGAGAGCGACCAAAGCAGAGGACUUCUGUAAGACCAUCAGUAACUUUUCUCUGGAGUACAGGAGCAUGCGGCAGGCCAUCCUCCUGCAGAGAGAGAAGACACAACAAAGAAGUACCAAAGAGCACUCCAGAACAAACACUCCUUUCGGACGACGGAAACACCAGCAGACUCCAACGCAGGAAAGUGAAGAGCACUAUAAGCUGGAGGAGGUGCUGAGAACUCCUGAGUCCACCUCCAGGCUUGACAACACUCUGCCUCGAAACCGCCGGCGGAUAGCUGACAAACAAGGUAAUUUACCAAGGAAAAUGACAUGGUGACCUGGCUGACAUACAAAAUACUAUUUAGUCACUGGCGUACUUUUUCCCCCUAAAGUUACUGUGAGGAGUUCCGCUACAGAACAGUUAUAUGUUAAGCUUAAAUGCAUAGUUGUAUUAAAAUGGUGAUUUUCAUAACACAAAAUAAACAUUUAUGAAAUGUU